CAACAAAAGCACAUUAUCUGAUUAUCACCACCUCCUUCCCAAUCCCCAAGGGCACCCACAUAUCCUACCUCCAUUCGCUUCAUAUCACCCCUUAAUAAACCUCUCACUUUCUCCAAAAACUCUCCAAAUCUUUCAAACGACUCUAGAGAUACGAAAUAAUGAAGAAAACUUUAGCAUCGUCAAUAUUUGUUGUUGCUCUAUUGAUCCUAAACCACAACACUUUUCUUGAAACCGAAGCAGCUGAAUCAAGAAACGGUGGCUUCAUAACAACAAGAGGAGUGCAUUUCAUGUUAAAUGGAAGCCCUUAUUACGCCAAUGGCUUUAACGCUUACUGGUUGAUGAUUUUAGCUUCCGAUCCUUCUCAAAGAUCCAAAGUUUCAACUGCUUUUCAACAGGCAUCUUCCCAUGGCCUCUCUGUCGCAAGAACUUGGGCUUUCAGUGAUGCUGGUGUCACUCCUUUACAAUACUCUCCUGGUUCUUACAAUGAACAAAUGUUCAAGGGGUUGGAUUUUGUGGUGGCUGAAGCGAGAAGAUUUGGGAUAAAGUUGGUUUUGAGUUUGGUGAACAAUUAUGAAAACCUUGGUGGCAAAAAGCAGUAUGUGAAUUGGGCAAGAAAUCAAGGCCAGUAUCUAACGUCAGAUGAUGAUUUCUUUAGAAACCCUGUUACUAAGGGGUUUUACAAGAACCAUGUCAAGACUGUGCUUAAUAGAUAUAACACAAUCACUGGAGUUAUGUACAAGAAUGAUCCAACAAUCAUGGCUUGGGAGCUCAUGAAUGAGCCCAGAUGCACUUCCGAUACAUCUGGAAGAACAAUUCAGGCAUGGAUUACAGAAAUGGCUGCACAUGUGAAGUCGAUAGAUCGAAAUCACUUGCUAGAAGCAGGUCUCGAAGGCUUCUACGGCAAAACCAGUAAUCAGAAUCCCGGUUUCGACAUCGGAACUGAUUUCAUUUCCAACAACCAAAUCCCCGGAAUCGAUUUCGCCACCCUUCACUCAUAUCCCGACCAAUGGCUAACGAGCUCCGACGAUCAAAACCAACUCAAUUUCCUCAGCAAUUGGCUUAGAACCCACAUUCGGGACGCCCAAUACGUCCUCAAGAAACCGUUACUCUUAACGGAAUUUGGGAAAUCAGUUAAAGAUCCCAACUUUAGCACGUAUCAAAGAGACCAACUGUUUAACUUGGUCUACAACAACAUAUAUCUGUCGGCAAAACACGGCGGUGCUGCUGCCGGCGGGUUGUUCUGGCAGCUUUUAGCGGAAGGGAUGGAGUCGUUUGGUGAUGGGUACGACAUCGUUUUGAGUCAGGGAUCCUCGACUGCUAAUAUCAUUGGGCAACAGGGACGAAGGCUUUACCAAGUUAGGAAGAUAUUCGCGAGGAUGAGAAAUGUGCAGAGGUGGAAUAGGGCUCGUGCUGCGAGACGUGCUCAGUGGUUGAAUUGGAAACGAGGGGUGAAACCUAUCGGAAAUUAAUACUAUAAUUUCAUAAGAUGAUUGUUGUUUUGUUUGUUUUUAAUAAUUACGUUUGUGCCACUCUCUCUUAGAGAUGCAUAGUGUACGUCCAGGAGGGUGGCUUUGAAUCGUUGUGCUAGUGACAUCAUCACAUCAAUGAUGUGGAAAAAUUUGUGUUUGUGUUUGUGUUCUUGAGUGAUUUGUAUUUGACCUAAAAGAAAAAUAGGGUCUGAGAUGUUGUAAUAUUAACAUAUAUAGGAAUUAUAAGCAACGUUUAACA